AUGUCGCGCAACUGGCAGCCAACUGAAGGGCGGAGCAGCACUUUCAACCGACGAGAGACGAGAGGCGCUCCUCUUCUUCUGUGCUCUCCAAGAGAUCAAACAAACGGGAUGGUUGCUCCGGGGCUGGAAAAACCAGGGCGACGAACGCGACGACAACGAGCAGCCGAGGCAAGGCGAAAUUCAGGACUAACGCCGCAUACACAUACGAACAAUAAUCAGAGCGGAGAACGUGAACGUGAAGCAGCACCGAGCGCUAGCGAUGAUUCAACAUCGCUUCGGCUGCGAAGGGCAGUCUCGCUACGGUGUGGUGACGGACGGACCGACACCACAUCGACGUUCAUCCGAAGCUUAGCCGCAUUACUAUCGUCGGCAUGUUGA